CUGCUCACAAGGAACUGAAGAGCGUCUAGGACUCCUGGUACCCCAGUCCCCACGACACUAGGGCAGGCGUCUUCCCCAGACUGUGAGCUCUGGGAGACCAAGUGUGCAGCCUUCUUCCUCCGCCUGCUUCAUCCCCAACAUCUGUACAGCACCUGGCCAUCGCUGACGCUCAGUGGUCAUGCGGUGAAUGGAUAAAUGAAUGACCCAGCUCUAUGAGCAGGCCCUCUGAGGACGGCUCAACUGGCCACCAAGUCCCAGGGUUCUGGGGCUCGCCUCCCCGGAGCUGCCCCCAGAACCAUGGAGAGUCUGAGUGAGCUACAGAACCCACUGCUGCCUCGGAGCCCCACGCACCUCCAUGGCCCCUACCCCUACCCCGAGGCUUCUCCUGCCUGGCCCUGCCGGGAGAAGAUCUAUUCCUACCUCCUGGGCGGUGCUGACCCUGCGCAUGCCCACCAGCUCCUGGACCCCGGGUCCCUGCAGCUGGCCGUGGAGGCCUGGUACAGGCCCAGCUGUCUCCUGGGGAGGGACAAGGUCAAGGAGCCCAGGGCAGGCAGCUGUGAGACCAGCUUCACAGAGGGCAGGGAGCCCCUGGCUGGGCCUAUGGAGCGGUCCACGGAACCUGGCCAAGCAGAAGAGGAUGUCGCCAUCCAGACUGUGUCCUACGGGGUUCAAGAGGAGCUCCAAGGCCAAGAGGGUGACCCGGAGGAAGAAGAGAGUGAUGCCACAUCAACGGAGAGUGAAAGUGAAGACAACUUCCUUACGCUGCCUCCCAGGGACCACCUGGGUCUCACCAUCUUCUCCAUGCUCUGCUGCUUCUGGCCUCUGGGCAUCGCCGCCUUCUACUUCUCCCAGGGGACCAGCAAGGCAAUCUCCAAGGGGGACUUCCGCCUGGCCAACACCACCUCCCGCCGGGCCCUCUUCCUGGCCACACUGUCUAUCGCCGUGGGGGCUGGUCUCUAUGUGGCCGUGGUAGUGGCCCUGGCAGCUUACAUGUCCCAGAAUGGCCACGGCUAG